UGAAAAUGGUGUAACAGACAAUCUGUCUCAAAACUUGCUCAGUGAAGAAUUUGACAAUAGCUGGGUGAAAGUAAAAUGCAAGAGAGCAAAACUAAUGGCAAGAAAAAGGGAAGAAAGGUUGCAAUCAAAUUCAGAACAAGGAAAUGAUCAGGGCAAAAGGCAGGAAAGAUCAGUCAAUGGUGUAUUGUUGGAACCAGGUGUAACGUACAUUGGCACAGCAUUCAAGACAUUUUAUGGAAGUCGUAAGAGGAAAAACACAGUACAGAAAAAAGAGAAUGAUGAGAACCACAAAAUGAAAAAUGAAGAAAAACAUGUUGGUGUCCAAUCCUAUGCAGAAACUCUAUUGAGCAUUUAUGCUUGCAGUGUGAAAUCUCCGCUUUCCAUGAAAUUUUGUAAUGAUGCCAGUAAGGAAUUUGAGAAAAUGCAAAAUCGAUCCUAUGCUAAUGUAACUACUAAGUUGUCUCCAUUGUCGAAACCAGAUUCUGCUAAGCACUCCAACCGAAGAACGUGUAAUAUUCUGGGAAAGAUGAAGGAUUUGAGACGGUACAGAGUUCAUGCAGGAGGCAAACAAAGGAACAAGAAAGGUCAGCCGACGUACCAUGAUAGAAGGGAAGAGAGGAUAACAUUAGGACGUUAUCUGCUGAACCGAUUGAUGCAUGUUGACAACAGAUGUCAAAAGGGAGGAGAAUGUUUAUCUGAUAUCUUAGAAAAGCAAGAAGGAAAGAAUAAAGGGUACCAACAAGAACCCAAACACCAACAAUGUGAUAACUCCUCUUGGGGAUUACUGCCUGACUUGCGGUUAUUAGACCGCUUUUCAUCUAAUGAUUUGGGACCAUGUAGGAGUGUGCAUAGUGUACAAAGCCAUUCAUUUAUGCAGUUUCACUCCAUUGGUUUGUAUUGAUGAAAUUUAUAUCCAAUCCCAAUCGGUGCCAUACAAGCCUGGUGUCUGUAAAUGCUCCUGUGAGUAAUGUGCUGACCAGGUUUAUCCCUGAAAUUGUUAGUGAACGGAGCAGCUGGAGGAUCCCAGCCCUUGGUGAUAAAUGCUGGGUAUUGUGGUGAAUAAUAAUGUUUAAUAUCAUCAAAACACUUGUCUACAAACAGGAAAAACAAUUUAGAAAUUUGUUUUAUUGACAAGAUUUGAUGAUGAUAACUUAUGAAAUUUAGAUAAUUGAAAAUGUGUCACAGAUAUGUAAUCCCCUCUCACCCAUAUUUAGUGUUUGUCGUCCAGUUAAUCAUUACUCUAAACAAAAGACUUUAAUGAAGAACACACCUUCAAGACAAGGAUUGACUAACUCCUCACUACUUGCGCACUUAUUUCAAAGAAAAACGUUUAUCAACCAUAAUCUGUCAGUCUCAUUGGCUACCAGACAAAUCGCCUGCCCACAAAUGCUACAGGUCCUUGAAAUUGUCAAAGAAAAGACCACUUAGAGGACAUUGGCUCGUCUAAAAUGUAACUGGACUCUGUGAUGGGUCACUUUCUAUAAAUUUGUUUAUCAUCUGAACAAUUUCAGCUUUCUUAUCAUUGCAGAAUUUUUGUUUAUUUUGAUUUUCAACAGUUUUUUUUAAUUAUAGUUCACAAUCUGCUUCAUAUGUAAACCCCAACUGAGAUGUGCAAUACAAAAAGAAAUCAAAAGUAAAUCAAUGAUUCAAGACUUAUAAAAGCCAUGUCCACCCCAAGAACAAAUGGAUUUGGACGAAAAGGGAAAAAUCAAACGAACAUGCUUUAUGCUGAAAAUUUCAUCAAAAUUGAAUGUUAUGUCAGUUCAAAGUUUUUCUGUAUUCAGCAAAACAGUUAUAUACACAUCAUGCUUUGUAUGCAAUUUAGAAAGUGAUGACAUCAAGUCACUAUUUCUUUUGUAUUUUUAUUAAAUAAAAUAUGAAAUAUUUCAUUUUUUUCCUCCUUAGGAAACAAACCAAGUUUGAUUCUAUUCUCACAUUCUUCAUAAACCAUUGAUAAAACCUGUUGUGAAGAAAUUAAGUGUAUCUGUGUUAUCAUAUUUUCAAAAACAUGAAAUUUGGUAUGAUUUAUGUAAUAAAAUGCAAAAGAAGUAGUGAGUAUGUGACAUCAUCAACUCAUUGAUUUGGACAUGACCACGAUUUGGUUAUAACUGUUUUGUAUAAGAUAACCAAUAUUUUAAAAUUACAUUACUUUCUUAUUUUCCAUGCAAUUUGUAUUAAGUGUGUGACAUAAUGUUUCCUAGAUUGUCCUCUUUUGGUUCAAAUCAAUUUUUGUUGGGGGUGGACUACUCCUUUAAGGAAAGUGUCUUAAAUUGGUUACUUAUGUUACAUUUUUGUAUUGUUUUAUAUUAUCCAUUUACUACUGUUUUAUUUGUCACUGCACUUGAGUGUUUCGUGAUUACCAAUGUAUUCAGAUAAUUGGAAAUUCAGUUUUGCUGUUGUGAUUCUUUUGUGAAAUGGUGAUUGAAUGUAAAAAAGAAAAUUUGCAUCCAUUUUAGAUUUCAGUUCAUAUACAUCUGCCUUUUGGAGAAACAGUUACCUGACUAGAUUUCAAAGUGUGAAGAUUGAAGGUCUAUAGUGUUUUUUUGUUCAUGGAAAUAGAAAGUAAGAAAUAUUUUUCUGGUCGGGCAGUGGCGGAGGCAUACAUUUUGACCGUGCACAGUCGAGAUUUAUCUAGUUUUCAAUGAGAAUUGUGGCAACAUCAUUUUAAUCACCAAAAAACAUAGAUUGUUUUGACUGAGUAAAAGUAGAAAUAAUGACACAUUUAUGAAUUUUGGGAGAAAAGUUUAUUUGAUUUGUUUUGAUCAUUACAGCAUUUUAAAGCCUGACAGUCAUUUACAUAAUAUUGCAUAACUUGAGAACCACAUAUAUGAAUUUGAUAUGGAACAAUGUGCAAAGCUUGUAUGUAAAUUGUGUUGAACCACUGUGUUAAUGAGUUCUCAACAUUGUCAGUUUUCACAGUUGAUUUAACACCACAAAAAAUUAAGCCAGUUAUAUUUAAAGAGAUCUUCAUUACCAAUUGACCUGCGUGAAUGGUAAAACAUCCCACUAUUCAUAAAGGAAAGUUAUUAUUUUAGUUUCUCUUUAUACAUCAGUAACUGACAUUGUCUAAAGCAAGCUAAAGAAUUUUUAUUCCUCUGCUCAUCAAAAGUGGUUGCCGGUGGCAUUAUGUUUUGGAUUAUCCGUCUGUUCAUCCAUCCGUUCAUCUGUCUGUUCAUUCCAUUUUUGUUCUCGCAGUAACUCAAAAACCAUUUCACAGAUCAACUUCAACUUGGACCAUAUAUGCAUUAGGUGCUCAAAAUGAUUUCACACAUGCAUAUGCAUGUAUGUAUCGUUAGAAAAAAAUUAAUAUUCAUAUUCUGUUGGUACAUGAUCUCAUUAUUUAGGGUUAACAGAUCAAGGUCAAGGUCAGAAAGUUCAAGCAAGUACAUAAUAAAUACUCUGUUCUUGCUACAACUCAAAAACAGUUUCAUGGAUUCACUUGAAACUUGAAUCCUGUAUGGAAUGGCGGUGAAGAAGAUCUCAUCAGUUUAAAGGUCAUGAGGUCAGAGGUCAAGUUCACAAAAUUAAAAAAAAAUAGAUAAAAAUACUCAUUUUUACUUUUACAAUUUUGUAGAUCAUCUUGUAACUUUGAUUGUGUAUGCAUCUGUAAUGAAUUUUUGCUUUUCGCUUAAUGGACUUUUUGCAAAAAAUAUCAAACAACAAAAAUGGUCUACCUCCACCAGGCCCCCCCCCCCUCUUCCCAGUGAAUUGUUAAACUAAGCAUCACUUUUCUGUUUAGAUGCAGUAUUUUGCAAUAAUACAUUAUAUGAAUGAAACUUUAUGUAUGUAGUCUGUGUAUGUAUUUAGGAUCCCUAUGAUAUUGGAAUAACAAUGUAAGCCCAAGCCUUCAGGGCUUUGGGUAACAGUUAAAAUGCUGUGAACCUUUUAAUUUGAUUAUUAUGAAUUAUUUGUUGAUCAUUGUUAUUGUAUUUAUAUUUUCUUUUUAAUGUUCAGAAAUCUGUCAUUAUCUUUUAUGGCUUUUGAUUGUACAAAUAAAGAUAGAAAAUAAAAAUACUAAAGAGUAUUUUCUUUUAGUGUGAUGCAGUAAAUUCAAUUUUUCCUUAAAUUUUGAAAUUAUUUCCUCUUAUCAUUGUACUUAAAGUAAUAACCACACCAUAAGCCUGAAAAAAAAAAAAACAGUGAAAGAGAUUAGGUAAUAAUAGCAAAGAAGGUCAUGGUGGUUUAAUGGUGAAUGAUGAUUAUGGUAGUGGUAAUGAUAAUGGCGAUGUUGAUGAUCAUAAUUUACAAGUCUGGUGUCUGUAAAUGCUAUAGCCCCUGUGAGUAAUGUGCUGACCAUGUUUAUCCCUGAAAUUGUUAGUGAACGGAGCAGCUGGAGGAUACCAGCCCUUGGUGAUAAAUGCUGGGUAUUGUAAUGAAUAAUAAUGUUUAAUAUCAUCAAAACACUUGUCUACAAACAGGAAAAACAAUUUAGAAAUUUUAUUUGAUUAAAGACAAUAUGAUGAUGAAUAUGUUGAUAAUCAUGGCAAUAAUGAAAAAAAAAGGGAUUGUGAUGAUGAUAACAAUACAUUAGAUAUGCUGAAACAGGAAAGUCAACCAUGAUCUAUCAUUUCUAUUUUCCUCUUUUAUUUGUUUCUUUUCUCUCUUUUUCAACGGACUUCAUUGGUGGUUGGUAGGAGGCUUUUGCCCCAAACAUUUGAUAAUGGCAAAUAUAUCAUAAAAUGAUACGGCGAUGAAAAUUUUCGAGAAGAAAUUGAUAGUGAUUAUGUUACGAAUGAAAGUAAUCAACAAAUCGGAAUAAACUAAGAUCAAUGCAGCUUGUGACCAUGAUAAAAUAGAGAAUGAUGGUGAUGAUGGUAAUGUUAAAAAACGAUGAGAAAGAGAGAAAGAAAAUCUUUCCUCUUUUUUUAACCUCUCUCUCUCUGUCUCUCUCGUAUUGGUUUUCUUUCUUUUCUUUUUCUUUUUUAUCUUCUUUUUUUUUUUUAAGCAUA